UUUACCCCACUUGUUUUUAAUCAUUCAUGUAUAUAUGAUCACUUCAUACUUAUUAAUAGUAAUGUUAUAUUGUUAUUUAUAUUUCAAGUUACAAAAUAAAAUGUUAUUUAUAUUUUGUUGUGUGCUAUGGUUGUAUAAUGUUUUUUUUCCUUGUUAUGGAAUAAACAAAGGUUAGCGUGAUCGAUGAUAUAUCAUCGAGGUGCUUCACUACCACGAACUUUCUUAGAAAUUGUGAACAACAUAUCGGGACCGUGCGAUUGAAUUGAUUUAUGUUGGCAAGAACAUAUAAUUGUUUUAUAAUUAAAAACAAGUUUGGUUUCUAGUAUGUUGUUUAGUGUCCCUUAAUAAUACCUUAUGCCUAAUGUAAGAAGUUUAUUACGUUUAUGUUUGUACGUUCAUCGAUUAUAUAAUAUUCUAUUAACGAUCGGCAAUAUAGACAUAAUAAUUAACGACUAACUAUUUAAAUAUAGAUUUAAGUUUUUGAGCAUAGCAUUCUCAUUUUCAAAACAUGCAUUCGUCAUAAGUGAAACGAGUGGGCAUAAAGUCCCAAUGAAAAUACGCAAGUUCUUUAACUAACACAUGUUAUCAUUAACAGCUUUGAGUUCUUUAUAAAUAAAGAUUUCGAGUUUUUAAAAUCACGAGUUAAAGUAAUCCACCACCAUCUUAGAUUUUUGUAGUCAAGAAUUAUAAAUGACAUUUUAUUAAAUGUUAAAAAAAUACAAAAAAAGUGAAGAAUACACAAUCUAGAGCCGCUGGAUCUAUAUCUAGACAAAGAAUCAACCGUUGAUAGAUUAUGUCUCGAUGUUUUCAAGAAAAUCUUCAAAAAGCCACACACAGAGAGACACUCAAAUAGAGCACCGGUCCGUCAGAGUCGCCUGCCAGAGUUGUUUCUCUUUAAAUUACCAAUAUAGCCCUCUCUCGUUUGAACUUCACGAGUCUAAGAGGGUAAAUUUGGGAAUUCUGGUAAUGAACCAUCUGCGUCAGUUUCGUCUUUUUGCUCUGCUUCCUCGGCAUAUGUAUUUUUUUUAAAUACUGUUCAAGUCUUUUUGAUCAAUGAUUUUUUACGCGCCUUUUUCAUAGUUUUUAAAGGUACUCAAAUAAAAGUAUAAAGUACGUGAAAAUGGGAAAACAUUUGAAUUUUUUUAAAGGAAAAAACUUAAGGGAAACUUAAUUGUAUACUACUAAUAUUUUCUUAACUCCGGUUGAGGUGAGCCGGCUAGAGUAUCUAUAGAAUACUACUAAUAUCUAUUCAAAAAUACUGUUAAAGUCUUUUUGGUCAUCAUAUCUAUUUCAUACUUAUAAUUAAUUAGUUUAGUUAUAAUAUAAUCAGUUUAAUUUAUGGAAAACAAAUUAAUGAUAGAAUGCUACAGCCUAUAGGUGAAAUAAAUUUGUCAUUAUUUCUCUCUAUUAAAAUAUUAUUUACAGCAUAUAUUAUCACUGGUUUUUAUAAAGAAUCAUUAUGUUUACCAAGUUUAAAAUCCCUACAAAUGCUUAUCAACUACUAUUACUUUGCUGCUUUGAAAUUUACAAGUAGAUAGAAUUAGAGCCUAUAUAAACCUCAGAGCUUAUAUUUUACAGAGCAACUAGAUUUAUAAUACCCUUUUAUGUUUGCGGUCGAGCCCACAUAAGAACCAUUUAACCCACUAGAAAGUGGCAGGGGUGAUUUAUUAAUACUAUAGAAGGCAACAUUCUAAAACAAAUUCUGAGAUUCAAUUCCAUUAAUAAGUUUCAAAAAAAAAACAUUCUCAAAACAAAGCAUUUGAAUGAAAGCUUGUGUCCAAACCUCAAAGAGUAAGACAAAUGUGGUGUUGUUAAAAAAAAAAGGACAAAAGUGGUGACAACCAAAAAAAAAGAGAGUAGAGUGACGCGCUCCAUAUGCGAAGAGACUAGACAAAGAUGUCACAGGAACACGGUACAUAUGUAGAUAACUACAUCUACAGACACAAGCCACACAUAGAAGAAGGAGAGAGAGAGAAAGCUUAGCAAGCAUUGAUGAAGAGCACUUUUUAAAUAUUGCACGCAUCCACAUAAACAGCAUCAGAGAAAAAAAGAAAGAAAAGUGAUUUUAAGGGAAAAAAAAGUAGAGGCGCCAAUUACAAGUUUUGAGCUUUGCAUGUGUUUCUUUCUAUCUUCCGUACAUUUAACCUCUGAACAUAACCUCUCUCUUCUUCUUUUGUUGUCUUCCGGUUCUUGAGAUCUCUCUCUCUCUCUCUCUCUCUCUCUCUCUCUCUCUCUCUCUCUCUGUAGGUCUUGUUCUUUUUACUGUGUGUUGAGGCGAUGCCCUUAUCCUUUGAAAGAUUUCAAGGGGAGGGGGUGUUCGGUGUUGUUUCUUCUCUCUAUUCAGAUCCUCAGAAAACCUGGUUUAAUCAAGACAAAACCGGAGCAGAACAAGAUCUUGGUUAUGUUGUCGGUGGUGUUUUACCGGAGCCGACGUCCGUUCUCGACGCUUUAAGGAGUCCUAGCCCUCUCGCUUCUCACUCUUCAACCACCACCACCAUGACUCUCUCUUCCUCUCACGGCGGUGGUACCGUCACCGCCGCCACAACCGCCGGUGAUGAUAAAUGUAGUCAAAUGGGUCUAAACGAUCUCGACGACGGAGGUCAAGAACAGAGCAUCUUAAGGCUUAUCAUGGACCCGGGUUCAGGCUUCGGUGUUUUCGACCCGGGUUUCGGAUUCGGAUCCGGGUCUGUCCCGGUGAAUCCUCUGUUAUCUAGUAGCUUCCCUUAUCAAGAAGAGUUGACGUUCUCUAACCCACCGUCAUCUCCCCCGGCGAAACGGUUCAAUUCAGGAUCUCAUCAACCCGUUUUCCCAUUUCCGGAUCCGGAUCCGGGUCACGACCCGUUUCUCGUUCGCCGUCAACAGCAAUUCCAGUUCCCGUUUCAGUUUCACCAGCAACAACAACUCCCGUCUUCUUCCUCGUCUUUACCUCCGGUUCCGCCGCCGGGAACGGCCGGCGAUGACCAAACGGUCAUCAUCGAGCAGCUGUUCAACGCGGCGGAGCUUAUCGGGAACAAUAACAACAACGGCGACCACACCGCUCUCGCGCAAGGGAUAUUGGCGCGGCUCAAUCACCAUCUCAGCUACAGCAACAAUAACAAUAACAAUAACAAGAACCCUCCGUUUCAAAGAGCGGCUUCUCACAUAACCGAAUCUCUCCUCUCACUCAUCAACAACGCAUCCCCACCGUUAAUCUCACCAGAGAAUCUGAUCCUUCGAAUCGCCGCGUACAGAACCUUCUCCGAAACGUCGCCGUUUCUUCAAUUCGUCAACUUCACAGCGAACCAGUCGAUUCUCGAGUCAUGCAACGACGAGCUGGGGUUUGAUCGGAUCCACAUUAUCGACUUCGACGUUGGAUACGGAGGACAAUGGUCGUCUUUAAUGCAAGAGCUUGCUUCAAGGAGAAGAAACAGAGCAUCGUCUUUGAAAAUAACGGUUUUUGCUCCUCCUCCGUCGACGGUUUCCGACGAGUUCGAGCUCAGAUUCACGGAGGAGAAUCUCAGAAGCUUCGCCGGGGAAGUCAAGAUUCCGUUUGAGAUCGAGCUGUUGAGCCUCGAGCUUCUUCUGAACCCAGCUUAUUGGCCUGUCUCUCUCCGUUCGUCGGAGAAAGAAGCUGUCGCGGUGAAUCUUCCCGUUAACUCCGUCGUGUCCGGUUACCUUCCGUUAAUACUCCGUUUUCUCAAACAGAUCUCUCCAAACGUCGUCGUUUGUUCGGACAGAGGAUGUGACCGUAACGACGCGCCGUUUCCUAACGCUGUGAUCCACGCGCUUCAGUACCACACCACUCUGCUUGAGUCUCUUGAUGCUAAUCAAGGCCACGAGGAUGAGAGUGUUGAGAGGUUUUGGGUGCAGCCUUCGAUUGAGAAGCUGUUGAUGAAACGACACCGUUGGAUUGAAAGAUCACCGCCGUGGAGAAGCUUGUUUGCACAAUGUGGGUUUUCUCCGGCGAGUUUGAGUCAGACGGCGGAGGCUCAGGCGGAAUGUUUGUUGCAGAGGAGUCUGGUCAGAGGGUUUUAUGUUGAGAAAAGACAGGGUUCACUUGUUAUGUGUUGGCAAAGGAAAGAACUCGUUACUGUCUCUGCUUGGAAGUGUUAGAAUAAACCAAAUGCAUCUAAUGUUUUUCUUUUUAUGAUUUAAUUCUCUUUGAAUGUUUGUUAUGUUGUUCAGUGAUGUUCUUAGUUUCAACUUUGAUGUUAACAUUUUAAGGAAGUAAGGAUAUAUAUAAUCAAAAAUCUCCUUUUGUUAGAUUUUA